UUAAACCCGUGGGGUUCAGAUGGCAGAGCAGUAUAACGCGUGCCCAUGUUCCAAAAACAAACCUACUCAGGGUUUGAGAAAGAAUAUAAAAGAGCUGACAGUGGGAACAGUGGGCUGAAUUUUAAAAAGGUUUCUGAAGUGCGCUGAGGAAGGAUUCAAAACAGGUUGGGGGUGGGGGAGAGGCAGGACUUGUUCUGUCAGUGAGUAACUCGCGUAUCCGACAGAAGACAUCCCUCAGUGGUCAGAGUGAGAAUGGGAUCGCACUGCCCUGUUUGUUUGUUGCUAUACAAUCCUGGGAUCAUCCUCUGACGAGUUUCGGAGAAAAGAAUGGACUUUCACCAGCAAGGGCCUCAUGCAGACAGGCUGACGGGGGUGCGAGCAAACCUACAUGGAAAAGUCAUCCAGAACUGCAGUCCUCACUGCUGAACCAGAUUCUUAUCAACAGCACCUAUUUUCGGGGGUGGGAGGAGAGAAGAGGCAGCUUCGCACCACGAAUUUCUACUCAGCGGCAAAGCUAAAGAGGGGUUUUGUUUACACUAGUGACCAGGAGGUUAAUCUUCAUCCAUUGGAGAUUCCAGACAUUCCCAGUGGGUUGGUACCCCAAGGUGAAAACUGCAGCUUCACAUUGGGCAACUGGUACAAGCCAUAGCCCAGCCAAGCUAGCAAUUUGCUGAAAGAGGCCAAGUGACGUCACUAUGUGGAGUUGUGUAGGUUCUAAUGGAACAGUAAACAGCGUGGAUCAGCAGUUCUGCUACGACCUUGAAUUGGUCUUUUCCAUCCUCUCCAUCAUUUACCUCAUCAUCUGCUUCCCUUUCAGCAUUUGCUACAAUUCCUUGCUGGUCCUUGUUAACCUCUACAACAAGCCAUCAAUGACUAUGCCUGAUGUUUACUUUGUCAACAUAGCAAUCGCAGGCCUCAUCCUCAGCCUUGUGGCUUUGACACAGCUGCUGGGCCCAGACAAUCCACAGUGGGCUGUAUGGACAUUCAAUAGGGAGGUCUACAUCACCUUGCUAAUAUUGUUUAACAUCUCAGCUUUGGUGACCAUGUACUCUACCACUUUGCUCAGCUUGGACUACUACAUUGAGCAAGCUUUGCCAAGAACUUACAUGUCCAGUGUCUACAAUACCAAGCACGUCUGUGGGUUUAUCUGGGGAGGGGCUGUCCUCACCAGCUUUUCAUCUCUUCUGCUGUACGUGUGCAGCCAUGUUCCGAAGAUAAUUGAGUGUUCGAAAAUACAGAAUAAAGAAGUGGCAGAUACCAUCAUGGUGUUUAUCGGUUUCUUUGUGCCUGCCAUAGCAGUGCUGUAUGCCUUGAUACUAAUUCUCCGAAUACGGAACCAGUCCACUCCUCUUGAUCAAGAUUCUGCAAGACUGGAUCCUUCUACACACAAAUUGCUGGUGGCCACAGUCUGCACUCAGUUUAUACUGUGGACCCCUUAUUACAUGACACUGUUGGUUCACAUUACGUUAAACUCUAAAGGAUCAGACUUGAUAACACAGUAUCAUGUUUACUAUUUUGUUAAGGGCUUAUCUAAGCUGCUGGCUUAUUCAUGCAGCUUUGUUAUACCACUACUCUAUACUUACAUGCACAAAAACUUCACCAACAAACUGAGGCAGCUAGUCAGAAAACUGGACUGUUGGACUGAAGGAUGCUCUCACCAACACUCAGAAGUGCAGCAACAAGUUUUUCUGAGCGAGAGCUAAGGUUCCUUCAAAAGGUAUGCAUCUUCACAAAUCAAGGCGGAACAAAAACUAUUGCAGUACUGGUCCUAAGGGCAAUAACCCUGCAGCACCUGAUAUUAACUACAGCAUAAGCUGGACAAUUCCAUCGUAGUGGGAGUUCUUUAGAUUAAAGAGAUCCAAUACUAUUUCAUCAUGCAACAUUACUCUGGCCUGUAUUAACCAAAGCUCAAUACUCAGUCCAGCAAUGGAAUAUAUUUUUCGGUUUUUAUAAUGAUUCUUUGCAUCUGAAGCUGUGUCAACAGUUAGUGGAAUGUGCAAGCUAGCAAAAAUGGUGAAACCGAACUAUCAAAAGGCUUGUCUGCAUCAGGCUCAAUGAAAGUGUUUUGUUUGGCUGAGUAACAAGCAAAUAAAAACCUGUCAAUCAGGCCUUGAAUUGGGGUCCACUGUCUGUAUGUCCCGAAGCAACAAGAAGAGCUGAUGAGAAUCCAGAGGGGCAAAGAAUGUUUCCAGUUGUGAUAAGCUACUCAGACAGGGUGACCAGUGAACUCUGUCCACCGUUCUGAAUAUACUCAAUUAAAGUCGACCAACUGAAUGAUUUAUUUUUGAGUUUGAAGGCUGUCUUGCUGAAAGUCUUAUCAAAAUGAAAAAGUUAUAGGCUGUGUUCAAAGAUCUGUGGAUCAGUCUCAGUAAAUGAUGGGACAUCGUCAACCAUUGUAAUAUAAGCAUAAUUCAUUUUUGACAGCCAGUUUCAAUGAAGGUCUCCACAACUGAGCCUAUUCAGACACCUCAAAACUGUCAAUGACCCAAUGGGCUGUGGUCAGCUUCACAAACAGAAAAAGGCAUAAUUUCUCAUUGCUACUAUUCCAUUUGUUAAACAUAUGAAUGUUAACUAAAUUGUGAAUGAUAACUUUGCAUUUGUAGAUACAUAACUAUUGACCACAGUUCAUAGACAAAGCACGAAGGUACAAAAUAGUCUAAUGCUAUUUAUUAUCAUUGCAUUUUAAAUA